AUGACUGAAAAGAAAAAAGAAGGAAUAAAUGGCAUUGCUCUUGAGGAAAUGGGGACCCAGGAACAGGAGACUAAGAAAGAGCAGAAGACAUUUACUGUGGAAGACGCUGUGGAAACAAUUGGGUUUGGAAGGUUCCAUAUUGCACUUUUUCUGAUCAUGGGCAGUACUGGAGUGGUAGAGGCCAUGGAGAUUAUGCUUAUUGCGGUUGUGGGUCCAGUUAUUCGUUGUGAAUGGCAACUUGGAAAUUGGCAAGUGGCAUUGGUGACAACAAUGGUCUUUUUUGGCUACAUGCUAUCCAGUGUAAUCUUCGGAGUUUUAGCUGAUCGAUAUGGCCGCUGGAAAAUUUUAUUUCUUUCUUUCAUCUGGGGAGCAUAUUUCUCGUUGCUGACAUCGUUUUCUCCGUCAUACAUCUGGUUUGUUUUCCUCCGGACCAUGGUGGGAUGUGGCGUGUCGGGUCAUGCUCAAGGGCUUAUAAUAAAAACUGAAUUCUUGCCUACAAAGUAUCGGGGCUAUAUGCUGCCAUUGUCACAGGUAUUUUGGUUGGCAGGAUCAUUGCUAAUUAUUGGACUGGCAUCAGUGGUCAACCCAACCCUUGGGUGGCGAUGGCUGAUAAGAAUUGCCUCUCUCCCGGGCAUCAUUCUCCUUUUAGUAUUUAAGUUUAUCCCUGAAUCUGCUCGGUAUAAUGUUUCUAGUGGAAAUGACAAAGCUGCCGUUGCAACGCUGCAGUGGAUUGCCAAGAUGAACCAUUCCGUCAUGCCCGAAGGAAAGCUCGUGGAACCUGUUAAUGAAAGAAGAGGUCGAUUCAAAGACUUAAUGGAUCCCAAAUACUUACGGACAACUUUGCAGAUCUGGAUUAUAUGGCUUGGGAUAUCUUUUGCUUACUAUGGUGUCAUCCUGGCCAGUGCUGAGUUACUAGAGAAGAAACUGGUCUGUGGCACAAGAGGAGGAGGAGGAGCUGAAGAGGCAGCCGCUGGCAAUGAUGCCGAGGAGAUCCGGAGCCCUUGCUUAUGUCAUUUGUUUGCCCCUUCCGAUUACCAGGUCAUGAUCAUCAGCACAAUUGGAGAGAUUGCAUUAAACCCUGUAAACAUUCUGGGCAUCAAUUUGCUGGGGAGGCGACUGAGCCUGACAAUAACUAUGGGGUGUACAGCACUGUUCUUCCUUCUCCUCAACAUAUGCACUUCCAGCUCAGGCCUCAUUGGUUUUCUCUUCAUGUUGCGGGCCUUGGUAUCUGCAAAUUUCAAUACCAUCUACAUUUAUACAGCAGAGGUUUAUCCUACUUCAAUGAGAGCUCUGGGACUGGGGACUAGUGGAUCUCUGUGUCGCAUUGGUGCUAUGGUGGCACCUUUUAUAGCACAAGUGCUCAUGAAUGCUUCUUUCUUGGGAGCGCUUUGCCUGUUUGCUUCCGUCUGUGUUGUAUGUGCAGUCUCAGCUUUUACUCUACCCAUAGAGACCAAAGGAAGAGCACUUCAGUACGAAGCAGCGAAGUAUGAGUCUCAGUCCACAGAUGUAGAAAUCAUCUCAAAAUUUCCUCCAGAAAAUGAAUGUUGA